UAUUAUUUAAUUUAUUUGUUGCAGGUUAUUUACAAAGUGUUACAAAUGGAACUUUCUUCGAAAAAAUAGAACCGAUUCAUUUUAUUGCUUUUGCAAGUCCUUUACUCGGUUCAACACAAUUAGCUUGGUAUAUUAAAAUUCCAAUGAAAUUAGGUUUAUUAGGUAAAACUGGUAAAGAACUGAUUUUAAAAAAACGUAAAACAGAUCAAGAACCUUUACUCUUAUCCAUAUCCCAACUUCUCCAUCUCAUAUAGCACUCAUGAAAUUUCGUAAUCGUACAUUAUAUUCGAAUGUUGUUAAUGAUAAUUUAGUUUUAUUAAAAACUUCUUCGCUUUAUUUUGUCGAUCUCGAUGAAGAUGAUAUAAUCAAAAUAGGAAUAAGAGAGAAUUUAAAAUUUUUUUUUGCAUCUCUUAAUCCUCCAAAGAUCACAGAAGAUUAUCUUACCAGAUCUUUUUCUGGUAUCUCACCCAUAAUUCAUGACAAAGUUUAUACACCUGAAGAUAUACCUCCUCCUAGUCUUCAGAACAAUUUAUCGAUUGAAGAAAAAAUAGCUAGAAAUUGGCAUAAAGAUAUGACUUGGAGAAAAAUUUUAGUGCGUAUAGAAGGUGAAGCUCAUAUGACCGUAAUUGUAAGGAGAAAAUGGAUAAAUGCUGCGGGAACUAGAGUUAUUGAACAUUUAUUAGAUAAUCAUGAAUUAUAAAACA